AUGAAAAAGUAAAAGGAAAUCAUAUCUGCUCUCUCUUAAAAGCCAGAUUUUUAAGGAUCAAGUAGUACAUCAAAGUAUUCACCUAAAAUCAAGCCACUAAUAUUAUUUCCUGCAUUCAAUUGCUUAUCUUUCACCAGAAAUCAUCCAAAAUGCCAUUUAAAUCUGAUAAAUUAUAUUGAAAAAUAAAAAUUAAACUUGGAAAUUAUUAAAUAAAUUGAUUUACCCAGCUACAUAAAAAAGAUAAUAAAUAAGCACCUAUCAAAUAAAAGCAUUAUAUUUUAGCAUUCUCAACAAAAAAGGAUUAAUCUUAAUUUGAGCUAAAUUAAUUAGCUACUCCUUGAUGCAUUACAAUAAAAUACAAGGAUUAGUUGA